AUGUCUCCCACAGUGGCUGUGAUGACGGCACCCGUCACAUUUACCCCUACAUCGGAUACCAUGGACCGCCGUGAAUACGGUAUUACCAAGACCAAGAAGGCAACCUCUACUGGUGGUGGACGGGCAUGGAGCGAGGAAGAGGAAGCAUAUCUUAUCCAGACACGCAUGCAAAAGAUGCCCUACAAGCACAUCGCUGCCCACCUGAAGAAGACUGAGCUUGCCUGCCGCUUGCACUUCCAUCAGCUAAGCCACGGCAGCAACCGCCGGAAGCGCACAACAUCACUCUCGUCUCAUGGGUCUAACCAGUCACCUCCCAUACAUGGUGCUGUUGUAUCACCGGUUCGCGAGAUUGAUGCUGCGCCCAGCCGUUCGGUGUCGCCUGCAGGAUCAACGUACUCCUACAGCUCCACCAGCCCGAAUGCCAUUCAGCUUCCCAGCAUCAUGUCCGCAACCAGCUCGGCCAACACAUCCCCUCGGCUGCCAGCUAUUCUACCCAAGCCAGCUGCCAUGAGCCUGGACUUGCCCGCGCUCUCUGCUUCUGCUAGCAGGUCCACAUCUCCCGCGCCAUCACACACCUAUACGUCAUCCCUACAUCCUCACAGUGCUACCUCUGGGUACCGUUCCGCGCCAACCAGUUCUCGUAGAUCGCUUCGUCUGGAUUGCUCUGCCUUGCCACCGCCGCCUACUUCGGCAGCUACCCCCGCACCUUUCUCUUCCAGCCAGCCGGUCGAUAUGAGCCGACUAUCUGCAGUCUAUAACGCACACCGGGCAUCCUUCUGGGCCUCGGUGGCUGCCGACUAUGGCAACGGAGUUAGCCCAACGGUAUUGGAGCAAGCAUGGCGCGGUGGAAACACGCAGACACCCAUCACUCCUGUUGGAAGUCCGGAUGAGCAAGUCUAUGCGCUCCCUCAACUGAAGGCAGACAAGACCAGGAUAAGUGCCAUUCUAGGCAUUGAUGCUAACCCCAGGAGUCCCAGGGAGCGGGAGAUGGUGAGGAAGUUGGAAAAGGAGAGGUGCUCGCUUGGCAUGGUUGGCGCAUGA